AUGUUGAAAACUGGGUUAGGAAAAAAACCAAUUAUUAUGAAUAUAAAUCAGGGUCAUGAUAAAGGUGGAUAUAAUAAUGAAUUAACUGAAUUCAUUAAAACACCAACUCAGACAGGGAUAAUAUCGACUACAUCGCAUAAUGAUGAUAGUACUAUAGUUCGAAAAGAUCCUGCUGAACCAAUACGGGUCCUAAAUAAACAAGUACGUGAUACGGAGCAGAUUAAUUUGACUUCAGCUACGGCUACAAAUAUUAGUAGUCCUAGUAAUGUUGCAAAUGGAAUCCCUUCGUCGGUUCCACUUUUGAAUUUUUCUACGAACACAAUUACAAUAAAUAACGAAACAUCCAUGAAUAACUCUAGUCCUCUGAAUUUACAAUUGGCAAAAGCUGAUACGAUAACGACUUCAGUUAUUACCUCCGAUUUCAUCGAUAUCCCCACCGUCAUGGGAUCUAGAUGA